CAACCAUCCAUUUUUAUUGCUUUUUUCGAGCACGACACUCUACAGUAGUCGUGUGCGGAUAUCAAACACGGGCAUCCUUUGUCUUAUCCACCAUUCUCCUCAUGGCCCUGCACUGGUGCCGAUGAUCUCUCUGUGUUUUCGGCAUUCCACGCCUAGGACAGCUGUGUGGAUGCCAAGCAAGAUGUCAAUCAGUACCCUUCGAGAGCAGAAGACUGUUUUGCGGAAGCGAAUCCAGUCAGAGCUCAAGCAGCUUAGCCCACAAGAGAUUCAAAGACAGUCGGCCAUCAUCACCCAGAAAGUGCUGCAAUCACCAGUCUACAAGAAAGCGACCUCGCUCGCAAUCUUCUUGUCCAUGCCAGGGCGCGAAGUGUCAACGCGGGAGAUAGUCUUGCAAGCACUCAAAGAUGAAAAACAUGUCUACGUGCCAUACCUGCACAAAGGUCAGGAUUCAAAAGGCAAGAUCAUGGACAUGUUGAAACUACACGACCGCCAUGAUUUCGAGUCACUCGUCCCGGACGCCUGGGGCAUCCCCUCUCUUUCCCCAGACACGGUUCUGCAAAGGAGCAAUGCUCUUGGAGGGAUGGGCGUGCCAAGUGAAGACAUGGAUGACCAAGGUAACUUUCCAACGCUCGACGUGAUAUACAUGCCCGCCGUAGCUUUUGAUUAUUCUCGCCAAAGACUGGGUCAUGGCAAAGGUUUUUAUGACCGCUAUCUGCACACCUAUAAAACAUGUCUUGAUGCUGCGCAGCCGGGCCAGAAGAUGCCCUUUCUCGUGGGUAUUGCGCUCCGCCAACAAAUUCUAUCCCCUGAGGAAAAGGUCCCAGUCAACGAUGACGACUGGCCUGUUGACGAGGUGCUCACCGCGCAUGAGUAAGGCUUGAACGACCAGACGCUUUUUGCCAAAGACGAUGGGUGCAGGUGUUGGGGGACACAUGCAGAAUUGGCGCUUUGAACAGAAGCGUAAACAGUCAGCAAGCCAUAGGAGAGGCCAUAUGCGAUAUUGGACAGAAAACACGCCUUUUUUCUUUCUUUCAAAGCGUGAUUCUCAAUCUAGUGAUUGAAUUAAAGAGACAUUGUCGCCUUUGAGCAGGAUUUGUCCUAUGCAGAAAUGAGUAUGUAUGUGGAUGGAGGGAAUUUCGCGGGGGGAUUCUGGUUUUUACCUAACUGGCGUCUCUUCUCUGGCCCAUCUCUUGUUGCCAACUGCACUUCGACGGCGUCGUCAAUGACUAGGUUCAUAAAUUCGUCAAAUCCCUGGUAGUCUGUUAGCAGAUGUGCCUCAACAUGGCAGGGC